CUGCCGUCUCAAAGGAAAGGGAGAAUAUAUAUAUUUAGGUCAGAGUGAGUGCAGCAGCUACACGAAGUGGGUCACUUCUAAACUGGACACAGCAGUGAAAAGUGACAGAAGGCGCUGUCCAAUAAGCACGAGGCGGGGGCGUGGAGAAGUAAUGUUUACGUCUCGCUCUCAGAAGCUGACAGGAUCGCGCCUGUCACAAGGUCGGUUCUAGUUCUAGUGGCACACUGGCUUUCCAAUGAGUCACUGCAAGACAGUGUACAGGACGACUGCUGUAAGAGCUGCCAUGCUGAGAAGAGGCAGAAAUGGCCGGGCUCGCGCUUGGGCCUGGAGCGAAUCACGACAAGAGACAGAUGCCAUGGCAGGGAUCCAGACACUGGACAGAGAGGAGUGGGAAGGCCCGACGACGACACAGAUCAGUGACGAGGAGUCUGAAGUGGAUUACCCCGCACGUCCCCAGAGCGUCUCAGAGGUGGUGGCCUCACCCAGCACGGUACCGGUGAUAGGAGAGUCUUUCUGCCAGUGUGAGCGACUGGAAGCUCUCGGCCCUGGAAUCGCUCUUAACAGUGACUGCCUCUGCGGAGAGGAGGAUCAGAGUUUUGACUGGGUAUGGGACGAGCUGUACAAGUCGUCCGGAGCCCUCCUCAGCUGUGACAACAGGAAAGUGAGCUUUCACUCGGACUACAGCUGCGGCACGUCUGCCAUACGCGGCACCAAGGAGCUGUCAGACGGCCAACACUUCUGGGAAGUGAAGAUGACCUCUCCUGUCUAUGGAACCGAUAUGAUGGUGGGAAUUGGAACUUCGGAGGUAAAUCUGGAGAGGUUCAAAUACAGCUUUGGCAGCCUGCUGGGCCAUGAUGACGAUAGUUUGGGGCUUUCCUACACAGGUCUCCUCCAGCACCAAGGGCACAAAGUGAAGUUCUCCUCUCGUUUUGGACAAGGCUCCAUCAUUGGAGUGCACCUCGACACCUGGCAUGGCACCCUGACCUUUUACAAGAAUCGGCACUGCAUAGGAGUUGCUGCCACGAGGCUGCCCAGAAAUAAGUUCUACCCCAUGGUGUGCUCCACAGCAGCCAAGAGCAGUAUGAAGGUGAUCCGUGCCUGCUAUACACGCACCUCCCUGCAAUACCUUUGCUGUGCCCAGCUCCGCCAAAUGUUGCCCUGCUGCCCGGACAUAGUUAGUGCUCUGGAGUUGCCCCCAGGCCUGCGCACCGUCCUUCACACACAGCUAGGCUGGGUCUUCACCCUCAGCAGCAGCAGCCCUGAAGCCUCGGAGCAGCACGGGGACUGGCCCGAGGACUUCCACGAGGAGACGAGCCUGCCUUCCAGCCCCAGCCCCAGCCCCAGCCCCAUCCCGAGCCCGGCAUCCAUCCUGAGUGCCUGCUCCUCCCUGAGCCCCUGCACCAGUCCUUUGCCUGACACAGUCUCAUACCAGUGUCCAUGUCAGACGUCACCUCAAACUCAACCCUGCACUUGCCACUGCCCACCAACUCCUCCCAGCAGCGACUACGACAGCUGCUGCUCUGAGCCAGAGGAUUACCAAUGCAAAAGAUGCCGCUGGACAUGACUUGCGAUCAAAGAGUAACUUUCCGUGUUUGGCUCGCAGCUAUUCUACCAUUGCCAUCAGUGUCUCCUGACGGAAAUCAUGGAGAAAAAAACAAUCUCGUCUUUUAGCCAAUAUUUGAGUGGAUUGUUGCUUCUCUUUUUUACCUAUUUCUGUAUUACUUUGUCAAUGAAAGGAAAAAUGGGAGUGAGACAUUUAACGCAGUUGACAUUUUAGAGUGACAUUGGGGUCAUUCAUUCUCAUUUUAUCAUGGGGUUUAUAUGAGCCAUCUGUAUGCUCUGAUUGUUUUGUCUUGCAAAAGUGCACACUUGUCAUUAUCAGGGACAGAGUCCAGGGAGAAAGGAGUUGCUUUUUGAUACUGUGAAAAUGACUAAACCACUUGGCUUGAAUGUCAACAUUCAGAACAGAAUUUGCUACUGCGCUUUUUUUUCUUCUUUGUACAUUUAUGCUUUGUUUAUGAACUUUCGUACUCAGGCAAUUCUAUAAAAGAAAAGAAAAAUGAAAA